UUGCCUUUAUGGGUUUUCAUCACUAAAAUAUUACUAAAAUAAUAAAGAAAAAGACUUUAAUUUUUGUUUGUUUGGAGAGAAAAGGAAAGAGAAAAGUUUUGGAAUGUAUUUGGUUUUAAUAAGAAAGUGUGUAUGUGUAUAUUUGGUUGGUGUAGAGAGAGAAGUUGAAAGAAAAGAGACAAACAUGCCCAAUUUCUUCCCAACAAUCUAAAUUUUCUUGACUUGCAGUAAUUAUUUUCUUGCUUGAUUCUUGAGUCUUCACUUACUACUACUCUUCACUUCUUACUCACCAGAUCCCAAAGGUGGGUUUGUGUUAUUUGCUGUGCAUGUGAGGUUUUUUCAGCCUUUUUUCUCCGAUAGCUACUCAGUAAUCUCGAGAGCCAUCCAAAAGAAUCUCGUGAGUUAUUAAGGAUUGCCUUCAAAUUUGGGGUCACAAAGAUCAAUUAGAUGGCUGUACAAAUGCAGAAUUUGCCCAAGAAAAGUUUUAAUCAAGCCCAGUUUACUUAUAGCUGCCCAUCGUGGUGGAACUCAAAUGAACAGCAAACUCCACUGCCUUCAUCCAGGAAUAUAAGCUUUAAAGUGGAAUCUUCACCCCAACUGUACCAUGAAGCAAAGAAUUUAGGUCUGCAACUCUUGGACCAGGAUUCAUCUUCAUCUCAAUCAAUUGAUCAGUCUCACAAUGAAGUAGCUGCUGUGGGAGGGACCAGUUCACAAGAUCAAUGUAUUUCAUCUGAAUCUGGCGAAGAUGAAAGUUGUGGGAAGAGUGCAGAAGGCAGGAUGAAGCCAGUUUUCAUGUAUGGCACUCCUGAAAUUGCGCUUAAUCCUUCACAAGCUGACAAUAGUCAUUCACUGGCUCACGCUCCAUUUUCCUAUGCUGAUUACUUUGGGGGAUCGUUUAUCUCAUAUGGACCGCAGGCUAUAUUGGGUACUCAGCUUAUGGAGAUGACUGCUGGACGAGUCCCUCUUCCUCUUGAUCUUGCUGAUGAUGGACCCAUAUAUGUCAACGCUAAACAGUACCAUGGAAUACUUAGGAGGAGGCAAUCUCGUGCAAAGCUAGAGGCUCAGAACAAACUUGUCAAAGCCAGAAAGGUAUACAAGCCAUAUCUUCACGAGUCUCGCCAUCAGCAUGCUCUAAAUAGGGUUAGGGGAUCCGGCGGGCGAUUUGUCAGCAAAAAGAAAGUCAGAGAACUGGAUCCUAGUAUUACCUCUAGCAGGCAAGGUGGGUCAGAUCGUAUCCGCCCGCAACAGGAGGAGACUUCAGAAAAUGAAAGGCAUCACUACUCGAGAACUAUCAAAUCUGGUGCUUCGAACUACUCAGGCAUAUCCAUGCGCUUCGGUGGAGGCAUGCAAUCCAAUCGGGGCCUUAUGUACAGUGGAACCUAGCGCUGUGCAGGCAUCAAACGUCCGGUAACUAAACUGGACGGGCAAUUCAUCCUUGGCUUUAUCUACUUACUUCAGAAUUGUGUUUAUUAUUACAAGUGCAUCAACUAAAGAGUGCUGUUUGCUUCGACAAACAAUCUGGUUGUGUUUGUGAUUCUACAUUUGAUGGUCAUCCAUCAAAGGGUUGCUUUUGAAUGUUAAAUUUCACUAUGAAGUUUUACGUUUGCUUUCAUACACCAUCAAAUACAUUAUGUGACUCAACAGAAAGCUUUGAGCUUGCUUGUAGUAGUUGUCUUAAAAUCGUGGAUCUUUGAUGGUUUUUGUUAAUUUUGAGUCUGAGCAUAUGGAUUUGCUAUUAAUUA